AUGGCCGGGGUGAAUCCACCACCAGAAGCACGCAGACCAGACAGACGGAGGGCCGGGAGAUCCAGUCCCUACUCUCAGCCCCUAGCCAUAGGGCCACCAGCCAGUCCUUCCUCACAACCAUCCCUCGACGACAGAUUAAAUAUCAUGUAUGGGAUUUCGCCUCCAGUCUCUCCUAGACCGGGACCAUUCAUCACACCCCCAACAUCACCACCACCACUGAUGUCUCCACGCCCACAACCGCCACAUCCAUCACCGGCCAGGAACCCGUCACCCCCAUCGCCCCUUAUUAAUAAUGUUAUUCCAGUAUGGGGAGCCCCUGUAGGGACGGAAACCAUUCAGAGAUGCAGCGUUUGUUGGUGUGAGGAUGUGCCUACCUAUUACAUAUGUCAGCAAUGUAGAAAUAGACCAACUUGUGGAAGAUGCACCAGGAUGUUAGUUGAUCAUGGGAUGUCCUGUCCGAUUUGCCGGUUCAGAGGACAAAACAUCCCGCCCACAAGAAGAAGAAGGGGAAGAAGAACUGAGUGA